AUGGCUCUCGAACGGAGCGCCCGGCCAUUGGCGCAAAGCCUACGAUGCACACGGCACGAGAGAAUAGCCCUUCCCAUCCGAUCCUUCACUUCCUCGACAGCCUGCCGCGAAACAGAAACACAACAGCAGCCGUCCAAGCCUCCAUUGGAUCCCUUCACCGCGAUAACACCUCGAUUGGAGCGAAAGUUGAUGCGCGAGCAACACAAAACACCCAUCGGAUCGCGACGAAGGCGAGCUGCCAUGCUCACGUCUCCCAACAUUCCCUUCGUCGAGCUCCCCUACCAAUGCUUUCAAGAAGCGCGCAAAUACCUACAGGAAGACCGCAAUCAGAAGCUCGAGGAGAUCAGGAUACAGCGCGAGAGAAUUGAAAAGCUGAAUGAUAAGGUCGUUGUGGAAGAGGCAGAAAAACAAAAGAAGGACCACCGGUUGCGGAGUAUGCGGCGGAACCUGGAAGAGUUGAAGAUAUUGGCGGAUAUCAAUGAUCCAAUGAUCAAGAAGAAGUUCGAAGAUGGCCAAGGGGACAUGAGCAAACCUAUCUACAGACACUUGGCGGACAAGAAAUGGCGAUCGCACAAACGACGGAUCCUCAUGCAGCGCAUCGAGCAGAUGAACGUAACUCCCGAUGUUCUGCCCAAAGUCGACCCUAUAGUCGAAACUACGCUCUCGUUUCCAGGCCCCAUGAGAGCAGAUCGGCAUCGUGUUGCUCGGGUAGUCCAGCAUGGUGACAUUGUCGACAGCCGAGUAUCUGAAAAAGCACCGAAUAUCAAGAUCCAACCUUUUGAAAAGGGCGAGAAACUGUACACCAUCGCAGUCAUCAAUCCAGACGUACCCGACGUCGCCGCAGACGCCUUCGACCGAAGGUGUCAUUUCUUGGCCUGCAAUGUUCCUAUAUCGCCAACGAACACGCUCGUUCAGCUUGGCAAGUUGAGCGAUGAGCAGGUGGUGCUUCCAUGGCUGCCCGCGUACUCUCAGAAGGGUCUGCCAUACCAGCGAAUGAGCAUCUGGAUCCUAGAGCAGCCGCCUCAGGGAGAAUUGCCCCCUGGAUCUAACGACGUCCCCCCGUCGACUGCAUUGGACGUCAAGGCGCUCAAAGAGAACGAAAAGAACACCACCCGAGAGGGCUUUAACCUUCGGGGCUUCGUGGGAUACACGAAGGUCCAGCCUGUCGGGGUUGACCUGUUCCGAACAGUUUGGGACGAGGGAACUGCUGGGGUAAUGAGAAGAGCAGGCAUUGUUGGCUGGAACGUUGAGUUCAAGAACAAGAGGAUCGAACCACUGCCCUACAAGAGGCUGAAGGAGGAGCGGUACAGAUAG